AUGCAUGUUGGUGGUACCGAAAUUGAUAUGCCAGGAAGGUGUAGUGCUGGCCAAAAGAUGCUUGCAUCGAUAUUGAUACGAAUUGCAUUAUCAGAUGUUUUCUGUGAUAAAUGUUCGAUUAUUGCACUUGAUGAACCGACUGCAAAUCUGGAUGUGUUGAAAAAUUUGGGCGAUAUGUUAGCAGAUAUUAUUUCGGCACGAUGUGCAAACAAUGCGAAAAUGUUCCAACUUAUUAUCAUAACACAUGACAACCGUUUUGUGGAACAUCUUCGACAAUUGUGUCGACCGGAAUGGGUUUAUUCAGUGUCAAAGGAUGAUGCAG